AUGGCAUCCCAGCAGCAGCACGCGCCUGGAGGGCAUUACUCAGGCCACAACCCCAUUCCCACGGUCAAGCAGUUUAUCGAGAAUCUGGACAAGGACAAGGCCGAGCGCGAUCGCCAGAUUGACCAGCAAGCAAGAGAAGGAAAGGGCCAGACGCCGGGCCAGAAGGGGCUCGCGACUUCGACUGGACGCGAUGUUACCGCAUCAAGUGGCGCUGAGCCGCACAAGAUGCAGAAGCGAUCGGUAGAGGGCACAGAGCAGACGGUGACAGACCCGGUAACUGGCAACCAAGUCACCAUUUCGGAUGUCGACAAGUCUAUGAUGGACGAGGUCGAGAACCCACACGUUGUGAUUCCCAACGCAAACCUCAACAAAGACACAGUAGGUACAUCGAUCCACAAACUGAGGAAACUGGCUAAUGCUUUCCAGCCCAUCAAGACAGACGCAAACCAAUCGCUCGAAGAUUACAAAUACAACCAAGACGUUACGGCACCGCCCGACCCCGUUGCUGAAGGCACGACUUCAGAUGUGCCUAUCCAUGGCGAGAAGACCAACGUCCUCUUCCACCCGACACCGUCAGUCAGCUAUGAGCCGACUUUCGCAGCUCUAGAGAAGCGCGCCGGCAUCCUCUGCGUGGGACUUCUCGUUGCUACAAUUGUUGUUGGCAAACUUUUUGGUGGCGCGCUCAAGGGCUUGAUACCACUGGGCAUGUGUCUGUCGUCUGGCGUGUGGCUGUGGACAAAGGAAGUAGUCCGCAGUGGACGAGAAGUCGAGUGGGAGAGUGAGGCAACUCGCGGUCAGAUGGCUACUCUCAACCUCCUUCCCGAGUCGGUCGAAUGGAUGAACACUCUCUUGGCUAUUGUCUGGGGCUUGAUCAACCCUGACAUGUUCCAGGGCGUCGCGGACAUGCUUGAAGAUGUCAUGCAAGCGUCCGUACCGGGCAUUAUCGAAAAUGUACGAGUCGCCGAGAUCAACCAGGGAAGCAACCCUCUACGAAUCCUCAGCUUGCGAGCUCUUCCAGACGCACACAUGAAGGAGAUGAAGGAGGCGAUCCACGAGGAGAACAAGAAGACAAAAGACCCUCAAGAAGCAGCUGCAGACGAGGAAGGCGGAGACUACUACAACCUGGAAGUGGCUUUUGCGUACCACGCGAAGCCUAGCGGCAAGCGCGCAUCGGAUAAGGCUCGCAACAUGCAUAUGCAGUUGGUCUUCUAUCUGGGGAUUAAGGGUCUCUUCGGUGUACCGCUGCCGAUUUUCGUCGAACUCCAGGGCCUGGUGGGCACAGUCCGACUUCGCAUGGCUAUGACCCCAGAACCGCCAUUCCUAAAGACACUGACGUUCACGCUGAUGGGAGCACCGCAGGUUACUGCUGGCUGUAUUCCCAUGGUAGAGAAGGGCGUAAACAUCCUGAACCUGCCUUUGAUCAGCAACUUCGUCAACUACGCCAUCAAGGCGGCUGCGAGCAUGUACGUUGCACCAAAGUCGAUGUCAAUCGAUAUGCGUGCGAUUCUUCAGGGUGAUUCUGUCCAGAAAGACACUGAAGCUCUUGGUGUUCUCUGGAUCCGAAUUCACCGCGCUACUGGAUUGAGCAAACAGGAUCGUCGCGGGUCCAAACAUGGUGGCAGUGACCCUUACAUCACUUUGGCGUUCUCCAAGUACGGAAAGCCCAUGUACUGCACUCGUGUUAUCACCGACGACCUCAAUCCAAUUUGGGAAGAGACAGCUGCUCUCCUUGUUGGCCCUGAGCUGAUCAAGGCCGAUGAGAACCUCAGCGUAGAGCUCUGGGAUUCCGACCGACACACCUCGGAUGACAUCGUCGGAAAAGUUGAGAUUUCCCUACAGAAGAUGAUCCAACACCCUGGAAAGAUGUACCCUCAGGUCUCAAAACUGGCAGGUAUGGACGCUGAAAGCGAAAUGCCUGGAGAGCUCCACUGGGAGGUUGGAUACUUCAGCAAGCCGCAAUUCCGCAAAGAAAUGAGGACAGACGGCAAGAACAAGGCGCUCCCAGAUCAACUCAAGAACGACCCCAAACUACAGGACGACAAGGGCGUCAUUAACAGCGAGGAAGACGAUGCAGUCAUGCAUACUCCACCGGACCCACUCUGGCCCAGCGGUAUCUGCAGUGUUAUUAUCCACCAGAUUGUCAACCUCGAACUCGAGAAUAUUAAAGGAACCACCGGAAGUCCUAAGGGACGUGAAUACGAGCCCGCAAAGCCAUACGGUGAGGCCAAGGAAGAGACCGGCGGUGAACUACCUACGAGCUACUGCACUAUAUUGUACAACGAUGAGCUUGUGUACCGCACUCGAUCCAAGGCAGUCUCAUCCCAGCCAAUUUUCAACGCAGGAACGGAGCGAUUCAUCCGCGACUGGCGUUCGGGCAUCAUUACCGUCACUGUUCGAGACCAAAGAAACCGUGAACAUGACCCUAUUCUUGGUGUUGUGCCAUUGAAGUUGUCCGACAUCCUAGAGACCUCUUCGCAAGUUACUCGCUGGUACCCACUUGACGGCGGCAUCGGCUUUGGACGUGUACGCAUUUCUCUACUUUUCCGCAGCAUCGAGACCCGCUUGCCACCACAAAUGCUUGGCUGGGAUGUUGGUACUUUCGAGUUCCGUUCGGAGCGCAUCCUUGCCACUGGUUAUCAACAUGCGCCCAAGAUCAAGCUGCGAACCGGCGGUUCGACUGGCAAACUUGGUCGCGCCCAUGCUAAGAAGCUUGACGAGGGCGAUGGCUACUACUUUGACCUUGCAGAGCACGAGGGUAAGUACAACGUGCGCCUGCCAGUUAAGCAUCGCUACAGGUCGCCUAUCGUCUUCGAGUUCCACGUUGCGAACAAGCGCAAGGCAGAUGCUUAUGCGGUCAUCUGGCUACAGCACUUCAUCGACAACGAAGACCAAGAUAUCAACAUACCCAUCUGGACGACGGCACAUCCUGCGCGUCUCACACAGAAUUACAUAACUGAGGAUAAUUGCGAAAAGGAGCCUGGACUGGAAGAUCUUAAGGAGGUCGGUCGACUUCAGUUCCGUGCCCGCUUCAAGGCUGGUACAGAUGAGACGCACGAAGCUUUCGUGUCCGACAACAACUCUCGUGAGACAUACGAGACUUGGGAGGCGUGUCUUACAGAAGGCGUCCGUACUCGGAAGGUUGACAAGGAGCUUCCAGAGCGCGUCCAACAGUUACACGAGGAAUCACUUACCGCAGGUCGUGACAUUCUCAAGAAUGCAGACGAGGAAGAGAAGAGGAAAUGGCUCGCCAAAGAUGGUCAAGAUUGGUCUGGUGCUUUUGGAGACGACCCGAAGGCAUACAUGAACACCAAGGGCAAGAAGAAGAGGGAGCCCGGUGUCGAAGAGCCGUUGCACGACCGCUUCCACCCCUCCUCUGACGAAGCCCACGAUGACGACAGCGACGAAGAUUCAUACUCUUCAUCCGACCUAGGUGUUGAGGACGCCAGCAAUGUUGGCAAUGCUCAAGCCAUGAGCGGCGGCCCCGGCAGUCCUAACCAAGGCAUUCGACAUCAACCCACCGACUUGUCACCCAACUCAACUAACGACGACCCGCGUGCAUCUCACGCCACAGACCGCACAGAUACCACCGCCUACACCUCCGCAACCGGAACCACAAACGGCUCGUCCGGCUCAAGCAAAGACUACAAGAAGCAGAACAAGCGCACCGAGGAGCGCAAACACCGCGGCCUGAUGCAGUGGAAGCCCGCGCGCAACGCGCGGUUCGCGAAGAACGAAGCCAAGAUCGGCCUAUCGAAACUUAAGAAGAAGGUCACGGGCGGCUUGGAUGGAAGGCAGCCGGGUGUUGAGACUGAAACUGGACAGUAGACUGAGACGUAACGAUCAUGAAAGUCAAACGACGACGCCAUGGAUACAUGGAUGAGCUGAGAUGAACAAAAUCAAAGCAUGCAUGAAUUUUUGAGGUAUAGCAAGCGUUCUUGGGGGCUCUGGUUGGCAUUUUUUCUUUGCGAGCGAAAUAUGGGUAUGGCAUGUAUAUAGUAAUGUAAAAUCCGCAUGUCUAAUUCUUCAUUGAGA